AUGGAUACUAAUAUUGAAUGGAUCAUUGUGGCCCUUGCUAUAUGUGCUGUAGAGCGUUAUGGGAAUACACUGAAUGUUGACACAACUGGAGCUUUGGAGGCAACUGUGAAACCAGAUGGUCUGAGCUGUGGAGCAAAAGCUGGCAAUAAUAAGGGUGUUGCUCCAGCUGUGCUGAUUGCUGGUAUUACCUUUCAAGAGUCAAAUGCUGGGAUAGUGCUGAAGGAUGGCCUGGGUGACCAUGGGAAUCCAUUUGGCCUAAUACAGAUAUGCAGAGUCAGAAGAGUGGCAGAGGCCCUGUUGAAAGGCAACCCCCUAAACCUUUUCUGCCAGCAUUUUGGCCAGGUUAAGGCUAAUGCCAACCAGACUAAGGCCAAUGCUGACCAGGCUGUCAGCUCCCAGAACCAGGGAAGGACCCCAGCUAGCAAAGAGUACCAUAAGAUUGGCGAGCCAUGGGACACUGAAGAUCACUUAGCACAAAACACAGAGAUUUUAUACAGGAUGAUAAUACAGAAAAAAUUCCCAUGUGGGACAAAGGAGUGGCACCCCAGAGGUGGGAUCUCAGCUUAUAAUGCAGGAGUUAGCACUGUCCAGACAUACAACAAAAUGGUAGUUGGCAAAACACACAACUAUGCCAAUGAUGUGGAUGCAAGAACCAGGUUCUGUAAGAGAAAUGGAUAUUGA